AUGAGCGCCCCUGUUCCGACCAGCAACGGCGCCUCCCAUCCCGUAGAGCAUGCUCCAGAGGCCCUGGACGAGGGCAUCGCGGGGUACACCAGCGUGGAGGCCCUGCUGGAGGAUAACCUGCCUCAGGACAAGCUCGAGGCUGAGGCAGUGGAGUAUGGGGGCUUUGACGUGCAGAGCUACGCCUUCACCGCGCGGCGGGAGCAGCUGCGCGAGCCACGGGUCGUGCGCCUGGGCCUCAUUCAGCACGGGAUCCAGGUCUCCACUUCCAAGCCCUACGCUGUCCAGCGCGAGGCCAUAUUCACGCGCGUGGAGGAGUUGGUGAGGAUGGCGGGCCAGGCCGGGGUCAAUGUGCUGUGCCUGCAGGAGGCCUGGCCCAUGCCCUUUGCAUUUUGCACCCGCGAGCGGGAGUGGUGCGAGUUCGCCGAGGACGCAGUCACGGGGCCGUCCACGGCGCUGCUCUCCUCGCUGGCGGUGCAGUACCGCAUGGUGAUCAUUUCUCCUAUCCUGGAGCGAGACUCAGCGCACGCCGACGUCAUCUGGAACACUGCUGUGGUCAUUGGGCACAACGGCAACGUCAUCGGCAAGCACCGAAAGAACCACAUCCCGCGCAUUCCGCCCUUUGACGAGUCGCACUACUACAUGGAGGGCGACACCGGGCACCCCGUGUUCCAGACCGUCUACGGCCGCGUCGCGGUCAACAUCUGCUACGGCCGGCAUCACCCCCUGAACUGGCUGGCGUUCGGGCUGAACGGUGCGGAGGUGGUGUUCAACCCCUCUGCCACCAUCGGCGCGCUCAGCGAACCGAUGUGGGGCGUGGAGGCGCGCAACGCCGCCAUCGCCAACUCCUACUUUGUCGCCGCCAUCAACCGCGUGGGCACCGAGCUCUACCCCCACGCCUUCACCACCGGGGUCCAAGGCCAGGGCCCCCGCCAGGACAUGGGCCCCUUCUACGGCAGCAGUUAUGUGGCGGCGCCCGACGCAUCCCGCACCCCGGGUCUCUCCCGCGAUCGGGAGGGCCUGCUGGUCGUGGAUGCCGACCUUAACCUCUGCCAGCAGGCACGCGGAGGUCUUGGGGUGCGCGAUCGCUGGGGCUUCCAGAUGACGGCGCGGUACCCGCUGUACGCCCAGCUGCUCGGCGACUUCAUCAAGCCGGGGUACAAGCCGCAAGUGGUCGUGGAUCCCACCCUGGACUCCUCUGCCUCGCGCAAGGCCGCAGACUGCGAGAAGGGACGGUGA